UAGCGAGCGGUUCAUCGCCGCGGCACAAAAUGCUCCGCCGCAGCCGCCACUUCCUCCCACCCAGACCCCGCCGCCGGCCGAGACCUCGCCGCGAGGCCCCCGCCGCCGAGCCGCCCACCCCGACCUACACCCGCGACGUCGUCCGCCGCGUCGACGCCAUCCUCCGCGGCCACCCCUGGUCGGCGGCGCGGCCGCUCCUCCUCUCCCUCCCGGGCCUCGCCUGGGACUCCCACACCGUCGCGCGCGUCCUCAAGGCGCACCCGCCUCUCCACAAGGCCUUCCUCUUCUUCCGCCUCGCCGCCGGCGCAGGCGGCGGGUUCCGCCACGACCGCUUCACCUACACCUCCAUGCUCCACCUCCUCGGCGAGGCCGGCCGCGUGCCGGCCAUGAUGCGCCUCCUCGCCGAGAUGCUCCGCGCGGGGGUGGACCCCGACGCCGCCACCUUCACCACGGUCAUGCACUGGCUGGCGCACGCCGGGGACGUCGACGCCGCGAUGCGGGUGUGGGAGGAGAUGCGCGCGCGGAAGGGGAAGUGUCGGCCCACCCUCGUGAGCUACACGGCGUGCGUGAAGAUCCUGUUCGACGCCGGGAGGCCUGCGGAGGCCAGGGAGGUGUUCCAGGAGAUGGUGGCCGAGGGACUGCGGCCCAGCUGCAAGACGUACACGGUGCUCAUCGAGCAUCUCGCGAACGUAGGGAAAUUUGAAGCUACUAUGGAAAUUAUGGACAAGAUGCAAGAAGCUGGUGUAGAACCAGAUAAAGCACUCUGUAAUAUUCUAGUUCAGAAAUGCUCCAGGGCUGGUGAGACAUCAGUGAUGACCCGAAUUCUUCAAUACAUGAAGGAAAAUUUCAUCGUGCUUCGCCGACCUAUAUUUUUGGAAGCACUUGAAGCUCUAAAAGCUAAUGGUGAGAGUGACAAUCUUCUUCGGGAAGUGAAUCCGCAUCUUGCAUUUGAAGGCAUCGAAUGUGACCCAGCAUUUACUGAUCUAGGCUACAUUACUGUCAGGAGUACGAUCCUGUACCUUUUGGCUUCUAGAAACUGGUCCGCCGUAGAACACAUGAUAAAUGAAAUGACCCCCAAGAAUAUCAAGGUUGAAUCACAUAUCCUCUCUGACAUUAUUCAAGCAAGCUGUGCAAACUGCAGACCAUCAUGUGGGCUUGCAGUUCUGCGUUACAGUCUAAGAAUAGGCAAUGAACUUGAUAGAUCUGCAUAUGGCAGCCUUCUUGGUCAUUACAUCAGAAAUGGUUCAUUCGAUUUGGUGUUUGAGAUCGUUGAAAUAUUGAUUAAAUCUGGCUGCAAUCUUGGGACAUAUCUAUCAUCUAUAUUAAUAAUAAAACUGGCUUGUGCUGGGCAUUCUUCAACCGCAGUGCGCAUUUUUGGAUUAUUGACUACAGACAAGAAUGUUGUUACGUACACUGCCCUUAUGAGUGCCUAUUUUCAAGAUGGGAAAGUUGAUAAGGCUCUCCAACUAUUCUUGCAAAUGAGUGCUAAUGGAGUAUCUGCAUGCCCAGGUACAUAUGAAGUACUGAUACAUGGAUUACAAAUGGCUGGGCGGAAACAGGAAUCUGAACAUUACCGAAGAGAGAGAAUGGAGAUGCAAUGGCAUCUUCAGUAUCGCAAUGAGCAUUCCCCUGAAGAUAGCUUAUGUAACCAUCUGUUUUGUGAUUUUCAUGGUUAGAAGAUGGUCCAAAAUCUUCAUCUUUCAUUAGCUGAAUCCUUCCAGCACCUAUUGCUGCCUGAACAUGAUGAUAUUGACACACAGUAACUCAUAAUGAGGUCUGGACCGUUCAUUCGGUACACAAAAUCAAGUACUGGCUACAUACUAUCCACCAGUUUUUGUGCUUUUGAGAGCAUAUUAUUGAUGAAUUACUGCAUUGUAGAUGAAUAUGUCAAGAUGUCAUUAAAUUAUGGAGUCCAUCUAGGAUCACCAUUAUGUAACACAAAUGCUCUUUCUGAGCAUCUUCACGAGCAUGACUGCACAAGCUGCUACACGGGCUGUUCACUUUUCCAUUUCAAUGUAUUGCUGUUGUCAUUCAUCAGUAGACAACUUCUAAAGGUGCACAUGGUGAAGACUAGUGCUGCCACUUUUAUCAAACCUUUACUCAGCAGCCCCUAUACAAACUCUCUAUUGCUCUUGGCUGCUAUUGCAAAAAGGUUUCACGAAACUUGAACUGGGGCAGGGUAAUUUACUAUCCUGUUCAGCAUUCUCCUGCACCUUUUCUGAAUAGUUAUCUACAGGUAUGUUAUAUGAAUGGCUCAAAUUCUUCAUAAACAGAGAAACUAGUUACCAAUGUCAACAUGUCAUGGAAGCUGAGUUAUCCUCAAAAAGCUCCAACAGCAAUUUUAGUUUUUGCUGGGUAGACAUGCCCAUGAAAUGGUGAUAAACGAUUGGGUAAAUAUGAGAAGCUGAUUUAUAAUUUGUCAUGUCAAUUCACAUCCAGUCAGCAGGAGAUAACUGAGCUAGAGGUUGCAAGAUCCUUUGCCAGCAUACUGCAUAUCUACAUCACAGGGAGCUAACAUAAAGACGAUGAACCAAGAGAGUUCUAGUUGUGCAUUAAUCUAGCCAUCCAAAUCUAAGCAGCCUCAUGCACAUAUAUUACAUAGCAUGGCCAACAUUGACCAAACAUGUUGCAUCCUAUCUUGAAUCUGUUAGUUGAAGACAACCAGUUCUCUCCAUCAGGCCACUUUCACGUUUGUCUUCAGCCUCUUUGCAGCCUGCACGAAACCAACGAUGACCUGCAACUCAUCCAAUUGCUUAAACAUGGCAAUUGGGAUUCACAAGAGACGACCAAGAUGUCAAUCAAGCAUGGUUAUGCAAAGCUGCUGUGUAGAAAUUGGAGAGAGAUGAGUCUUGUUUAUCAACCUGCGACACAAAGUGCCUCUGGACAGCAUCCACUAACUGCUCCCUGGAUGGGUUAGGGCUAGCAUCCUGUUCAGCACGUAGUCAGAACACCAUUUUCAUGGUAUAUUUUUAUUCAACUGGUGGAGCUUGAUCUGGGAAUGAUUACUUACGAGAUUGAAGUGACGCCAAUAUCUCCAUAAUGCAGUCAUUUCCAGCUUGCUCAGGUCAACUUUCUGCAAAUUUCACAGUCAAAGCUUCAGCUACGACCACCACAUCAUCAUGGAGAACACAUAAUGUUACAGCUAACAGUAGGGAUUUAGUCCAAAUACUACAAAGGUUGUGACAGAGCAAAGUUACAGUGACACUGACACAUAUUACUGGAAAGUGAUUGGGGUGCUACAAGCAAUGGUUGUUACAAGCACAGAAACCAAGGAAGCAAAAGUCGCACCGUGUGAGCCCUUGAGGAGGAAGAAAAUGACGCCUUGGAGUGGGAAUCACAAGACAUGGAGCGGCUGAAGGAUUUGGUCUGGAACCCUCUAUGCUGCCUGCUCCUUGACCUCUGUGGCUUUGGUGAUUGUGCGUCAUCGGAUGCUGCAAGAAUGGGAUUAAACAAGACCAACUAUUUACAAACGAGACGCAUGCAACCAAAUCGAAGGACAUAAUUAGGUGCCACGAAAACCGUGCCAUUAUUUUAAGUUCGGUUUUCACAAGCUAAAUUGGUCCGUGACACAGACGGCGUUCGGGCUAAUUCUAGGGGCUAAUUGCUCUUUACAGAAAAUUAUGGUGUCGUGCAUCAGGUAAACUGUCUUUUUUGGUCCUUCCCCACAAGAUAGAACAAAGUAUACGACAUUAUUAUUCAUAGAUCGGCAGAAUUUUAUCAUGCGAACAAAAUACGAAAGCAUUGAGAAGAUCAGCAUUUAGUAUGAAGUUCAUGGGGAACAUUGCUGAUGAAGCAAGAACAUCUGUGUGGGAUGAAUAUGAUCUUACCCAGAUCUGAACUAUUCCACUGCAUGUUCUCACAGUCAAACUUAUCAUCAUCCUCAUUGCCAGUUGGAGGUUCAAUCACACUUAAAGCAUUCCUUUGCAGCUUUACCUCUAUGCCAUUGGUAAGCACCUAGCACAACAAGCCAAUAAUAUCAUUUUUAUUUGAAGUCAAGCAAAAAUUGUAGGCAAACAAUCACCUGAAAGAAAAUUAAACCCUUGCACUGAGCAAUGCA